UCCUCAUCCACGCACGUCCUCGGCAACAAUGUCAAUAAGGAUGGUUUUCCACCGCCUCAAAAAGGCCUAUAGAGCCCUCUCCGCCGUCAUUCUCGCCUCCUGGAUAGUUCAUGUGUUCAGUCUCGUGGUAGUCGCCAACUCCAGCCCCGGCAUCACGCCCAACAUCGUCGACCACCUCGCCUCGGCCAGUCUCUUCAUCUUUCUUAGCCCCCAAAACCAACACUCCCACAAAUCCGCCGUUCUGUUCCUGAUUUGCAGCGUACUAUGGCUUCGCGACCUCCUCUCUGCCUGCGUCCUCCUCUGCAUGCUCACCAUGUUCUCCAUUAUGCUAUUCAUGUUGGUCGUCCUUGGCCUGGAUUUGGCCAUGACCACCACCCUUGACGCCCGUGCAUUGGGGCUCCGCGCCUGGACCGCGUUCCCGCCUACCGGGAGGGAGGAUCUGGCCGACCAGUGGACGCCCGAGAUGGCGCGGAUUAUGGCAUUCAUCUACGAAGAGAUGGAUAAGGGGGGGAUUAACCCGGACACGGCGGACCAGUGGAUGGUCACGUGGUGGUUCAAGGUCCUACUGGGUCUGGCGUGGCUCAACUUGCUUGGGUUGGGGUGGUUGCUCCUCGGGAGCUGGUGGUGA